AUGUUUAUAAGGCCAGUCGGAAAGCCAGAGCCAGAGUUAAUUCAUAAAAUACUGCUGGGUCCGGAUCCUGCAAAAGGCGGCAUUAAAAAGUCUAAGAGCAAUCGCUGCCAUCGGAUUAUGGGCCUGCUAUUUGUAUACACAAUUAUGUCUCUUAUGGUAGUCAAGACAGAGAUUGAGAUUGAGGCGGCAACGGCAACGGCAACGGCAACGGCGACAGAGACAACACCUGGCACAGAAAGUGACAUCUUUAGUGAUAGCUCGACGCAAGCGGCGGAACGUCAAAACAUUGAGAAGAUGCGUGCCAAGUUACAACAAUUGCAGCACGAGCAGCAGCAACAAUAUCGCCAGCAACAGUUGCAGAUGCAGCUCCAUCUACAGCAGAUGCAUCAACAGAUGCACCAACAGCUUCAGAUGCAGUUGCAUGCGAAUGGUGUGGACAUGCCGCGGGGGGAAGGCGAAGGCGAAGGAGGUGCUGGCGAAACUGCGUAUUUAUUGGAGCGUGCCGACGACGUUGCGCCCAUUUACGGAACAUGGCGCACGAAAGCGAGACGACCCCAGCCACCAGCAACAGCGUUGCACAACAUGGAUGAUAAUCAUCUGUACGAGCGACUGCCCAAGCGAUCCGUCACAAUGACGCCUCUGCGGGAUCAGCUGCCCAGACCUCCGCGUCUGUCCACGCAGCGACCUCCCUCAGCUGCCUUGCUGCGUCGCCAGUUCUCGGAGACACCAGGCAGCCUGGCAAUGCGCGAUGAUUACAGGGACUACAAGCCAAAGCCGUUUAACUUUCCCUUCGAGGGUCCUUUGCCCGAGCACUUUAAGAAGGAGGAGGCGGAGCGUCCUCAUAUGGCGAUAAACAACAUCCAGGAUAUACUCCACAAUCUGCAUAUCAAUAACAUGAUGCCCAGCAAGAUGCCGACUCCAUCGCUGGUCAUGAUGCCCACGGGUCUGCACAUCGCAGGAAGUUACAAGAAUCUGAAGUCGAGUGGCAUUGCAAAUUUCCUGCGAGGAAAACGCAACAAGAAACAGAUGCAGUUCAGCAUUCCACUGCCUAUGCUGCAAAUGGGCAUGCCCAUGUCGAUGUAUGGGGCUGCUCCGCAUCAGCGUGUGGCCAUUGAGCAGCUGUAUCCCUUCAAGCCACGCUCUCCGCAGGACAUCAAUCUGUUGGCCAUGCAACAGCCUUCCAGCAAGCCGAGUUCCAAGAAAAACAAGAAGCAGACACAGAGUAACUACAACAUGCUGUUGGAGCAUGGAAGUCAACAGCACUUUGUGGCCGAUCCUUUCCUGCAGAGCUUUCCACCCAUAAUUACGUUGAAUGCCACACGGCAACCGCAGCAUAAAAGAGUGCCUUUCAAAGUGAACCUGGACAUUUAUCCUGUGCUGCCUCCCUCUCGUCCCACCUCUGUGCUGCGUAAUCCUUUCCAGACGGACUAUGUCAUGCCCUCAGCUUCUGCCUCAACGGGAUCUGUUUUUGGACAGUCUCAUCUGCAGCAUGGCAUCUACCAGACGCCUUUCAAGUUUCCCACUCAACCGCCCACGCACAUGUCCAUGACCUUUCCCGACCAGGCCACAAGGUACAGCCAACAGCAGGCGCUCUAUCAAUCCCAGAAGAUUGUAAAACAACCGCAGCCAACCGAAGAUUGCAUGCAGACCAAUUACAACAACGGCAACGAUGGAGCUGUAGACACACACUCCAAUCAGAUAAUGCUACACUUGAAUGUCUUUCCAAAACAGAAACCCACUGCGCUGCCACAAAUUCGUGCUUCCACGAAUCCGUUCUACAACCACAACUUGAAUUACAACUCGGCUGGAAGUGGAACAGGACUACAACGCAAUGCGAUUACAAUAAGCGAGCGGGAGCCACCGCUGCCAAAGCCACCCAGUCCGAUUGAGCCACGUCAGGUGGCAUCCACACAGCAAAUCCACUCGGCAAAUAGUUCCACAUCCGUAGUACAGGCACAACAAAAUCAAACCCAACAACAAUAUCAACAGCAUUCAGCUAAUCAUUCAAUUUCACGCAGCGAUAAUCUGUCGUUACUGGACUUUGAGCAUCCCAUUGUGGCAGCCGAGGUGCCACAACUGCCACAUGCCGCAGCACUCACUGCAAAUAUGCCCAGACAGCAGCGCUAUGGCCUUCAAACAGAUCACUUUCGAUUUCCCAAGAGCUCGCACAUUGAUCAACUGGCGGCCGAGGCGCAAACAGCUUCACUUUUCCGCUUUCCCGUUGAGGAUCUAAUACAGUUUCAAGUGGAUGAUGCGCUCUAAUUCACACUAGUUAUAAUUUUUGUAUACGAAAAUAAUAUUUGUAGUAAUUAAGUUUAAACCCACAUCUUCACAUAUCAAAAAUAAAAGCAAACCGUUAAGUUUUAAUCCAA